CCGAGACGGAAGGCGGGGCGGUGCCGGUGCGAGACGCAGAGGCGCCGCGUCAGUUCACGACCCUCAGACAGGCCUGGCGGUGGCGGGUGAGACAGUCCCCGACGGCGACCGACGCGAGGACAUCGGUCAGUGACGUACCCGCGGCGGCCCGGAGCGGAACAAACCGAGCGACGUCCCGGCCCGGAUACCCGCCACGCCGGCCGGCCGGGCGUCCUCCGCGUGAACGCGCCUCCUGAGGUCGUGAGCGAGCCCGCGACGAGCGCGUGCAGUGGUGCCCGAGUGCUGGUGUGGCCGGGAGGUGACGGGUGGUGCCGCGUGCGCGCGCGUGCGGGACCGGCCGGCGCCGGCUCUGAGCGGGCCGAGGGGACGAGCCGCCACCCGCGAUGGAUCGCCGCGGUCGGAGGCGAGCCUCCUGGCUGGACUUCCCCUGCCGGAUCGAGGGGUGGAUGAACGUAUGCG